UAGUAAUAAUGUGUAAGUCACAGUUUCUCACAUCAAUGCGUGCGUGUAAAGAUCUUCUUCCUUUUCUGUAUAAACCCAACAACGUUCAUCAAUCUUCAUUCAUUUCGAUUCCAAUUUUUCAGUUAACACAAGGUUUGUGUUGUGAAAUUGUGAGAAAUUUGCAAGGUGUAUUGUGAUAUCUCUAUCACAUGGAGCAGCUUCCUGUUGAAGUGAUUGGGAACAUACUGUCCCAUCUCAAGGCUGCAAGAGAUGUGGUUAUAGCCUCAGCAACAUGCAAGAAAUGGAGAUUUGCAUGCUGCAAACAUUUACAUACACUCUCUUUUAGCAGCAAUGAUUGGCCGGUUUAUCGUGACUUGACGACUACCCGUCUCGAGAUUUUGAUCACGCAGACGAUAUUGCAGAUAUCGGGGUUGCAGUCGCUUUCGAUUUUGAUGGAGGACGUCGAUGAGUUCUCGGCUUCCGCUGUUAUUGCUUGGCUUAUGUACACCAGGGAGAGUUUGAGGCAGUUGUUUUAUAAUGUGAAGACUAUGCCGAAUGUUAAUAUUCUGGAAAUUUGCGGUAGGCAUAAGCUGGAAAUACUUGAUUUGUCGCAUAAUUCGAUUGUUGGGGUUGAGCCGAAUUAUCAGAGGUUUCCUUGUUUGAAGUCGCUUUCGUUGAGUUAUGUUACGAUAUCGGCGUUGGAUUUGAAUCUUUUGGUGUCGGCUUGUCCGAGGAUUGAGGCUUUGGAGCUUGUGAAUCCGGAGAUUGCGAUGUCGGAUGGGCAAGUGACGGUUGAGUUGAGUAGCUCGACGCUGAAGAGUGUUUAUGUUGAAGCGAUCAGUUUGGAUAAGUUUGUGUUGGAGGCGGAUGGGAUUGAGUGUUUGUAUUUGAAAGAUUGUGCUCUCGAGGAUUUUGAACUCAUUGGAAAGGGGACGUUGAAGAAUUUUAGGAUUGACGAUGUUAGUGUUAUACAUCUUGAUAUCGGUGAGAUUGUUGAUAAUCUUGAGAGUGUGGAUAUCAGCAACUUCACGAUUAUAUGGCCGAAAUUUUACCAGAUGAUAUCGAGGUCGUCGAAUUUAAAGCGGCUUAGGCUUUGGGAUGUGAUGUUUGAUGAUGAGGACGAGGUUGUGGAUUUGGAAACAAUUGCCACUUGCUUUCCGCACCUGAGUCAUUUAUCUCUGAGUUACGAUGUGAGAGACGGAGUGCUUCACUACGGUUUACUAGGCUCUUCUCAUCUGGAGAAUGUUGUUGUCUUGGAGCUAGGGUGGACUGUGAUUAACGAUCUUUUCUCACAGUGGGUUGAGGGGCUGCUUAAGCUUUGCCCUAUUCUCAAGAAGCUAGUUAUUCAUGGUAUUGUUUCCGAGGCGAAGACCGAUGAAGAAUGCAAGAUGUUAGCGAAUUUCACGACCUCCAUGAUUGAGCUGAUGAGGAGAUACACAGAUGUAGAUCCACAUUUUAAAUUUGAAUAGGAUUCUUGUUUUAAGUCUGAUUAUGUUGGCGAAUUUGCAGGUAACUUGCAUAUAUCAAGAGUUUAUGCGCAACUUUACUCUCUUAUUGGUAUGAAUCCCUAUUCAAAAUCAGGAAUUUGAUCACUUUGUUUGCAAAGGAAAAGUUAUUAAACAUUAACUAGUUUCAACAUUGUCAGAUAUUGUAAUGGAUUUGAGUAGUUACAUAUUACAAUGACUGGUGGCAUUUAUGAGGCCUUCAAAGUUAUACCAUUAGGAAUAUUUUGCUCAGAAGUUUCAUAUAGUGCAGAUUCUAACCAUGGCUAUGAUCAUGGAUGUGAUUACGGUGCAAACUUUAAUAUUUCGUAAAAAUAGGAGCAAAUGCGGCCGUAAUAGUUACAACUGCAACUAUAGUUGAAUCUGCAAUUUAUAACUUUGUUUAUCCUUUCUA